GAGCCACCUCAUAGCCUGAGCCCAUCUUGCUUCCUUCAUUUGUAUACAGUUCUCAUUUUAACAGAACAAACUUUCAAAGGGUACUCACAUGGGACGGCUGAACCAGCUGUACAACUUUUAUUUUGAAGAAAAAAGUUGAGCCUCAGACAGGCUGCUUUAAAGACAGGGAGGGACUUAGCUUUUCCAAGCUUGACCAGCAUGUGGAAGGAGUGCUCUCAUGGCUGCAAUAACUUAGGGAGCUCCUACCUGGGUGCCACUGGGGCAGGAAGUUUUCUGUUUGUUUUGUUCUGCUGCCGAGGGUCCUGUGCACAUCUCUUGCCCAUAUCACUGUGACUGGGCAGAUUUUGCACACCCUGCUCUGUGGGGGAGUGCCCCAAAGUGCCUGUCUUAUGUGGCCUCUAUGGACACACUACUCAGCUGGCAGAGAGCAGGGAAGUUUUCUCCCAGCACCCAAAAAGAGAAAGAGGAAACUACUUUUUCCUUCUGGACUACUUGCAGCACAAUAGAUCAGGAUCAACCCUCACGUUCCCUCCCCGGAUUUCUGGAGUGGUUCCCAGGAAGAAAUUAAACCUUCACCUUUAAAUGGAUGACCAUGUCACAAUCAGGAAGAAACAUCUCCACAGACCCAUCUUUAGACAUGUCCACCUGAAUGACCUCCUGAUACCUGAUACUAAUUUAUCCUGAAGAGAUUUAUCAUAACACCUACUUCCUCUAUAAAAACUAAGAUGCUUAGUGAAGCAGCUGGAAAAAGGUGAUGUUAACGUUGUAGACUUAAAGAAGAACAUUGAAUAUGCAGCAUCUGUGUUGGAAGCUGUUUAUAUUGAUGAAACAAGAAGAUUGCUGGAUACUGAAGAUGAGCUCGGCGACAUCCAGUCGGAUUCAGUCCCGUUGGAAGUCCGGGACUGGUUGGCUUCUACCUUUACACGGAAAAUGGGGAUGAUGAAAAAGAAAUCUGAGGAAAAACCAAAAUUUCGGAGCAUUGUGCAUGCUGUUCAAGCUGGAAUGUUUGUGGAAAGGAUGUACAGAAAGUCCUAUCACAUGGUUGGUUUGGCAUAUCCAGAAGCUGUCAUAAUAACAUUAAAGGAUGUUGAUAAAUGGUCUUUUGAUGUCUUUGCCUUAAAUGAAGCAAGUGGAGAACAUAGUCUGAAGUUUAUGAUUUAUGAACUGUUUACGAGAUAUGAUCUUAUCAACCGUUUCAAGAUUCCUGUUUCUUGCCUAAUUUCCUUUGCAGAAGCUUUAGAAGUUGGUUAUAGCAAGUACAAAAAUCCUUAUCACAAUCUGAUUCAUGCAGCUGAUGUCACUCAAACUGUGCAUUACAUAAUGCUUCAUACAGGAAUCAUGCACUGGCUCACUGAACUGGAAAUUUUAGCAAUGGUCUUUGCUGCUGCCGUCCAUGAUUAUGAACAUACAGGAACCACAAACAACUUUCAUAUUCAAACAAGGUCAGAUGUUGCCAUUUUGUAUAAUGAUCGCUCUGUCCUUGAGAAUCACCAUGUCAGUGCAGCUUAUCGACUUAUGCAAGAAGAAGAAAUGAAUGUCUUGAUAAAUUUAUCCAAAGAUGACUGGAGGGAUCUUCGGAAUCUAGUGAUUGAAAUGGUUUUGUCUACAGACAUGUCGGGUCACUUCCAGCAAAUUAAAAAUAUAAGAAAUAGUUUGCAGCAGCCUGAAGGGGUUGACAAAGCCAAAACCAUGUCCUUGAUUCUCCAUGCCGCAGACAUCAGCCACCCAGCCAAACCCUGGAGGCUGCACCACCGGUGGACCGUGGCCCUGAUGGAGGAGUUCUUCCUACAGGGAGAUAAAGAAGCUGAAUUAGGGCUUCCGUUUUCCCCACUUUGUGAUCGGAAGUCGACAUUGGUGGCCCAGUCACAAAUAGGUUUCAUUGAUUUUAUAGUAGAGCCAACAUUUUCCCUUCUGACAGACUCAACAGAGAAAAUUAUUAUUCCUCUUAUAGAGGAAGCCUCAAAAGCAGAAACUUCUUCCUAUGGGGCAAGCAGACUAUCCAAUAUGAAAGGCCCCAUGAACGAUGGAACCUAUUUCCCAGACUACUCCCUUGAAACUGUGGACCUAAAGAGCUUCAAAAACAACCUGGUGGACAUCAUCCAGCAAAACAAAGAGAGGUGGAAAGAGUUAGCUGCACAAGGUGAACCUGAUCUUCAUAAGAACUCAGAAGAUGUAAAUGCUGAAGAAAAACACGCUGAUACACAGUCAUAGGUUUGAAAUACCUUAAAGGCUUCCGUCCUUUUAAACAUGAGAGAAUAAUGAGAACAGCACUAAAACCUCCUAAAUCCUCAACUUCCGACGAAGUUCUGUUCUCCUCUUUGAACACACCCUUGGAUCAGGCCACUUUCAUCUAUGUAAAGAACUAGUAAGAAGAGCAUAAAUUGGAAUUAGUAACUCUGGCCAAAUAAAUACAUUCAAAGUUGCUGCCAGAGCUUUUGGCCAUUGUUUUUCCUACAAAAAAACAAUCUCAGAGGAAAGUUUGUUUUGAUUGUUUUGAUCUGGCUUCUUUCAUGAAGCCAGAGAAAUUUUUAAGACAGAAGUUGGACAGUUUUAAAUUUUCAUCGCUUUGAACCCGUAAGAGCAUAGGUGACUAUGCAAUACAGGUGCAGAUGAUGAGGCAUUUUUAAAAUUUACUUUCUUGCAUUGUUUUGUACAGAAUGUUAUAACUACAAAUAUUUCAAGGUCUUGUGCAAAAGAAAAGCAAAACAAGAAUUAUAGAAAAGAGUAUUUUUUUUGCAGCUCUGAGGAGCAGCUGUUUAGAUUGUCCUUGUUAUGUUAAAUACGUGGGAACACAACAACAGGUGGGGCUGUUCACCAGCUGUGCUUGACAUUGACACCAGAGGAGCAUGUAGCCCUGGGUCUGUGACCUGAUGAACACUUCACUGUGACUCACAAACCAGGAACCUACAGGAAACAACGGUCUCUGAAACCAGUGGACCCGCCUGCAUCCAUUCCCGUGGUUUCAAAGCACUAAUUCAUAGCCUACGUUGGCGUCAUCACAGUGCAAGUUACACAUUAACAGCAAUCCAAGAUAACACGGCCCCUCAGCCGUUGGAGACAGACGCUAGCCCUGAGAAUGGAAUUUACCUUCGGGAGUGUUGAUCCCAUUAGGACAGAACAACAUUUAUUUCAGGCCAAGGGAUAAAUGACAAGAAGUGUGUGUGUGUGUGUGUGUGUGUGUGUGUGUGUGUGUGUGUGUGUGUGUAUUAAAAAAUAUCUGUGAUCUUGGAAGCCCACGCUUUUCUGUACAGGCAGUAUUACCUGCCGUGACUGUAAUUGUACUACACGGAACGGACUGCAAGCCGUGGGGACCCCGCUGCUCUGUCACGUGUGCCUGAGCAUGUGCAGAGCCUCGCCUCUGCUCUGAACCUGCUUUUAUCUGUGACUGCCGACAGGAAAGGUCUAGUACAGUUAGGUGUAACUUUUAUACAAACACUUCAAUGACUGUGAGAUGAAGUGAGUAUGUCCUUGUGGAAGUCUGAUGGAAAAAAAUCAAGCAUAGCCAUCAGUUAAAGAAUAAAGUGAAGAAGGGCAUAUCUAUCCUAUGAGUUUUCUGUACCUGCUUUUUUCAUGGGUUCCACAAUGCUAAGCAAUAUUUUAGAAAUAGAUACAAUCAGAAGCAUUUAAAUCUGAGUAGUGAGAUUUUAUAACUCACAACUUAGUCUCUUUUAAUGUGUAAGCCAUAUUCUAUAUGCAUAUUAGGUAUGCAUCUGUAUAAUUAAGACAUUUGUGCAUAGACUGUAUAAAAUGCUUUUAAAUGGUCUGUGAAUAAGGUCCCUUAGCUUUUGUUUCAUCUGAAUCUUGUGUAGAAAACAGCUAAACAAUUGAGUUGUAUAAUAAACAUCAUAAUGCAAUUGAUGCUUUAAAUGUAAGCAGCAAAGAUCUGUAACAAUGUGUUGAGGGAAAAUUUAUAGUUGUGUACAUUAUGGUGACUUCUUGUCUUUCAAAAGUGAACUUUUUAUUUCUAUUUAUGGAGAAACUACAGCUACUGCUUUCAAUGUCUUUUUAAAGGAGCUACUUACCAGUUAGAAAUAUUCUGCAUUUAAAAUAGAACCUAUCUGGGAGGUCUAUAUACUGUUGUUCCUAUUUGAGUCAGUUGUCUCUCAGGAAAGCCAGAGAAUCUCUGGAGGGAGAAGUAAACUGAAAUACUGCUUCUUGACUCCUGUAGGAAACAUGUCCACUUUGCUCCUAUUUAUACUUCAAGAUCUACAGUCUUUGUUACUAAAAAGAAAACAGAAGACUAUAACAAAUUCAUCAGUUACUGUAUAUGGGCGUUAACCUAAUUUUCCAGGUUAUAUAACUUCCUAAGCACUGUGACUGAAAUUCCAGAGGGAAGGGAGAAAACGUUCUUCAGAAGCGUUGUCACGCUGUCGAUGCACUUUUUCUUUGUCUAAUGUAUCUCCCUGCCUUUGCCCCUAUUUCCCUCCUUCCUCUCCCCACUCUAUUUCGCUCCUUUCUUAUCUUCCUUAUUCCUUCCUUCCUUCUCCCUAAGACAGCUACUAAUUAGUGCUAGUUAUUGGGAGGUUGGGGCGGACGUGACCAGUGCCCGUUCCUUCUGCAAACAUCAGCAUAGCAUCCAUCCUGAGAGGGAGAGGUGACAGGUGGCUGCACUGUGAGUGUCCUGUUUUGUAUUGUUAGUCUCAGCUCCCCAACAUAAAUCUAUUUCAUAUGCUUUUUCCUGUAACCAGUACCUCUUCUAUUAAGUUUUUAACAUGACAAGAUACAAUUCUUGUGCUUUUAUUGCUGUGAUUCUCUGUUUCUUAUUAUAUAUAAUUGUUAAAUAAAUCAUACUGAAGCAAAAUAUUGUGAAA